AUGAAAGUAACAACUCGAAAAACAGAAGAAGACAUUCGGCGAGAGUUUUUCGGACCAUUAAAAGAAGCAGUUCGGAAAGAAAAUAAUGUUGGUAUGUUUUUGUUUUGAAUUUGAAUUUGAAGAAAUUAUUUUGAACAAAAAAUAUGGAAGUUUCUCAUUUAGAAAAAAAAACAUUUCAACAUAAAAAAAUAUAUUGGCUACUCGCGUCAAUAUUAUCAAGAGAUUUGCAAAUAUGAAACCUUGCAAAUAUGAAAUUUUUCAUGUAACCCAGCCCACGGUUUUUUUUGAAAAAUAACUUAUCCAAACGAAGUGACAACUUUUUAAUUAAAAUCGAACCACAAAAAUAAUAGGCCCAGAUCCGAUUUUUUGUAGAAAACAUUCCGAAUCGCACCAGUUUUGAUUUAAAAAAAAUUGUUUUCAUAAUUUUUUCUCUGUCCCGCUUCCCGCUUUCAAUUUCCAAUUUUUCAGGAAUUGAUCCAACAAAAUGUUGGUGUGAAUUAUCCGAAAUGCGUUUAAUGCAACUAAUUGUUCAAUUCAAACCAUCAGGAAUUAAUCGAUAUUUUAAUUUGGCAGCAAUAAUCGAUCAUAUGUCAAAUAUUCAUGACUACGAAAUUCCACAAUGUGAAAUGUAUUUAACUGGUAAGCUGUUUGUUUUUCAAUUCAAUCAUUUAUUUUUCACAAGUUGUCUGGUUUUCUUUCGUGAAAUGUUCAUAUUUUUUCAAAAAUUGAUCCAAACCAUCAUUUGUUGUUAUGGAUACAUCAUCAUUUGUUGUUAAUUCAAUUCUGAUAUAUUUCUCAUCGUUUCCAGUUUUGAAUAAUUCAAUUAAAAUCAUUGAGUUGAAUCCAGGUAUUUUUGGAGAACUACUAUCUUUUGAUUUUAGUAUUUCAUAAAGUCCACUGAAAAUAUCAUCGUCCACCGAAAAUGCAACAAAUUUUGAAUUCGAUUUUGAUGGUGUAAAUGUCUCAAAAUUUUUCAAGAUACGAUAAAGCACAUUUCCAAAUUUGAUACGCAAUACUUGAUCAUUUCUAUAUUCUCCAAUUCCUAAUUUGUAAUUGUUGACUUUCGAAUAUAUUUCAAUAAUUUCUUUCGAAUUACUGUUCAUUUCUCCAGGAAUAUCCAAACCAAUUCGAUUUUUAUCAACAAAUUCGUUGAUUUCUUCAAUUGUAUAUUUUUCCGAGAUUUUAUUAUGAAUUCCAAGACAUUUUAUGAUAUCAUUUUGGUUUGAAUUACAAUUUUGACUCGUUAUGUUCAGACAAAAUGUAUUGUGAGAACGUAGCUGAAAUUUUUGAAUUUUUCAAAAAAAAAAAAACUGUUGAGAAAAGGGCAAACCUCAUCAAUUGAAAUAACCGGUGCAUAUUUUUGAAUAUUUUCUGAAUUCAUCAUUCCUGCAGAUACAGUACUCGCAGUUUCCAAACAUUUGUCAUUUUUCAUUGAUUCCCAACGCAUUUCUUUGGUUAUUAAAAUUGGAUUGAUGAAUUGUGUUUUAACAUAACGAUCAUGUAAUAAUUCACCGAGUUUAUACGAAUUUUCAAAUCCUUUCUGAAAAUUUGCAAAAUAAAGGAAUCUGACAUUGCCCGUUUUGAUAUACAUAUUUUUGUUCAAAAUUAGCUUACAUCUGUUAAUUGUCCUGGUCCUCUUGGAAACAAUGAAUCGUUAUCCAAAUAAUCGGGCGAAUGUUCCCCAGAAUUGAAAAUCUGAAAAUGUUGCUGAACAUUUCCCAAAACCAUAUUUUUCAACAAACCACAGUCGAAAAUAUGAGUUGUUCAGAAGAAUAAGCAGAAAUAUCAAUUUUGUCGAAAAAUGCAAUAUAAAUAACUGCUCCUACAAUUCCAAGCAAAAUCAAAGCUCCGAUCAAAAAUGCAAUUAUUUGAACACAAGUCAUAUUCGUUUUCUGAUCAUCAUCAUUUUCUAUUUCAGUUCUAUCAUCAGAGAUAUUUGAAAUCUCAUCGGCCAUUUCUAACACAAGAAAAUAUUGAGAAAUAGAUGUGAAAUUGGAUCUCACGAACAAAAAAAAAUAUGAAAAACAAAAACGUGACAAAAAAAUGAAACAAUAUUUUUAUUGAGAAGAUUUCAUUGAUUGUUCGAUAUAAUAAUUUGAUGCUUCAACUUAAAUUGAAAUCAACAUUCCUCUUUCAAUUUUCGGUGAAGAUUGGAUUGAAAUUUGAGGAACAUGUAUAUUUCUUUGAAAAUUAGUUGGAUUCUGAAAUUAAUAAUAUUUUUAAUGUGUUUGGAAUUUAAAAAAAAAUCAAAACUUACAAAUGGUGAUGGUAAACUAUUCCUUAUUAAUUCUGGAUUUCCAUCAUCUCGAAAUCUGAUUGUUUCUUUUCCAAAAUGAUCGAGACAAAUAUAUCGCCUUGUUCGAGACACUUCAGUUGACAAUUCAUUAAUUAAAUUUGAAUUUGAAUUUGUCAAAAUUUCGAGUCAUUGCUUCUGUUUUCCAGCAACCGAAGUGAAUGAUGUCAUAUAAUUAGAAUUGACAAGAUUUUCACAAAUAACGCAAAUUCUAUGACGAUUCUGAAUUUGAUGUUUUCAAUUUUAGAAGUCUUAUAAAAUGUAUCAUUAAAAGUUAAUAACUUGUUCUCAUAUCUUACUUACGCUAACCUACCUUUGGUUUUGAUUGAGCUGUAGUUGUUUUGAGCAUCUUUUUUGAUCAAUAAAAUUGCCGAUUGAAUGAUAAAUGAAAAAAAGACAAGCAACUCACGUGUUUUACGCCACGUCACUCCACGCAACAUUAAAAAAAAUCGUGUUUUUGCAGAAAAAAAUCAAAAGAAAUUUCGUCAACAACAACGUGAACUGAGUUCAUCAGUUUCUUCAACAGAUGUCAAAAAACGAUGCAGUUAUCCGCCAAAAUAUUUGUGUCGACCGAAUUUGGAAGAAAUUCAGAAGAAAAUCGAUGAGUUUUACGAUAUCAAAACAGUGGACAAAAAUGAGGGAUUGCCUGAUAAAAUGGAUAUUCACCGCGAAUUUUCACUUUCCGAUGGAGGAUCGGAAUUCAGUUGCAGUCCGAAGGUAACAUUUUUUGAUUUUAAAUUUUUGUGGGGAAUUGAAAUUUUCCGAAAAUUACCUUUUUUUCGAAAAUGUUAUUUUUAGUUCCUUAAAAUUUCCUUAAAAUAGACCAAAUUUUCAGGAGGAAAGAAGCAGUUCAGUUGCUUCAAAUGCAUCAAAACGAAGAAGAAUCCAAACACCUGAAGACUAA